AUGGGCUGCUUAAGGGCAAUAGUUAAAAGGAGGAAAGCAAAGGAAGACAAAUCCAAGCAAGUACAGGAACAGUUGGCUACUGAGGAAUCAAAUGGGAGUAACAAAGAUCUGUGUAGCCCUUCAAAUGGGGAUUCAAGCGGCAAGAAUGCAACUCCAUUUCAUGAACAAAUCACAGCCGUCACUCGGAUUCAAGCCGCAUUUCGUUCAUUCUUGGCAAGAAAAGCGUUUCACAGUCUAAAGGGCACGGUGGAACCGCCAGAUUUGGAUCAAGAUCAGACCAGUAAUGUGCAAGCGACGGCAACGACAGCCGCAUCAACAGUAGAUGGAGUAAAGGGCUUCGUCCGAUUUCAGGAAUUGGUUCAAGAUCACACGGUUAAGGAUCAAGCAAUAUCUGCACUACGCCACAUACAUUCAUGGAGCAUAAUACAGGACCAAAUUAGAGCGCGGAGACUUUGUAUGGUCAAAGAAGCCCGGAUCAGGCAAAAGAAGGUGGAGAAUCAGUUGAAACUCGAGGCAAAACUUCAUGAGCUUGAGGUAGAGUGGUGCGGUGGGUCUGAGACCAUGGAGGAAAUCAUUAGCAGAAUACAACAGAGAGAAGAAGCAUCAAUCAAGCGUGAGCGAGCCAUGGCAUACGCAUACCUUCAUCAGUGGAGGGCAAACUCAAGCCAGUAUCUGGGGCAGGCUUCUUUCAGUAUUGGAAAGGAAAACUGGGGCUGGAGCUGGGUCGAGCGCUGGGUAGCCGCCAGACCGUGGGAAAUCCGAGUGGUUUCUUAUCCUACAACCUCAAAGAAAUCCCAGACCAAGCUGUUGAGCAAACUUGAUAAAGUUCUCAACGAGGCAGAGAACAAAAUUCCAGUUUCUGAGGACCCCAUUUUGUCAAACGGUAACUGCAAAAUCCCAAAAACUUGCUCAACUCAUCCUAUGCAAAGUUAG